AUGGGAUCUUUCUAUAGCAUUCAGAGGGCAGCCCAGGGCCCGGCGAAGCUGUCUGGGCCAUCCAAGCCCGGUCGCGACACCGACUUAGACCUCGCCCAGAGCCAUUACAUUCCGGGCAAAAAGGUGCGUCCUCGGAAUGAGGCAGAUAUAGAGAACCAUACUAUGGGCACCUCUCUGCCACGAUAUCUUGAGAUCAAGGUCCACCAAGCGAUUUUGAAACAAGCCUACAGUGAGAUCGUGGUCCGAGGUCUUUAUUCGCGCUACUCGUCGGAUUCCAUUGCGUUUGACGGGGAGAAAAGAGAUAAACCGUUCAACUGGGAGCGUCCAACAGCCCGUGCUGAAGGCGGAAUACUCUACAUUGAGUGCUUUCCGGGGUACGAUCACGUCGAGCACUACGCCGAAAUCAUAGCCAGCUACCUCAAGAUUAGGGAAGCGGAGGGUUGUGUCAACCUGACUCCGUCUUCCCGAGUUUCGUUUGUGCCGGCCUCAUGCUCAGAUACGCAGAUGGCCCUCCAAGCCACCAAUUUGGGUGAUUUCCCAGGGGAUGGAGUGGAUACGGUUGUCCUUGGACUUGUGUGGCAUCUACCACGACUGACAGGCUCCGCACAGUGGUGCGGCAGCGGUCCGUGGCAGUGGAUUUUGAAAUCGUUUGGGAACCGGCGGGUCGCAUUUCUGGGAUUUCGCCCUGCGUUCUGGGGCGACAUCUCGGGGGAGGUGGUGUACAAGCUUGGAUCACGCUUUAACAUCAAGGAGGUCAUCUACCUCGGCAAGCUUGGAGUUCUCAAACCAGACGUUGCGCCUAACAAGUGGCUGGCUACUGGGGGUACGUCGCUGGUCAACGGUCGGGUGAUUGAGUGGGAGAAUGCACUGGGACCGUCUGUCGAAAGUCGUGGUCAGAAUUCAGUAAUUGUUGGCACCCACGUCACUCUCGGCAGUGUCCUGCACGAAACUAAGAGCUGGCACGCUGAGCUAGUCCACGAGGUCGAUUUUGUAGAUCCGGAGAUCGGGAUGAUGGCGCAGGCCGCCGUGAGGAGCGGAAUACGCUAUGGCUACCUCCACAUGAUUACAGACAAUCUGGGUCACAAGUACGACGAAGACUUGUCGAAUGAGAGGAAGGAAAAUGUCCUCAGGCAUCGUGAAAGACUUCAUCAGGUGGUUCAAGACGUGAUGGACGAGCACCUCACAAGAUUCAGUACUGAGCAGGGUGGCAAGUAA